AGGAACGCGAGAUGCUCGCUUAUUGCAGAUACAACGGUAUCGGUGUCAUCCCCUAUGCUCCUCUAUAUUCUGGUCUCCUCGCACGUCCCGUUGGCACAGAGUCGAUGCGUCUUAAUUCUACCAAGGGAACUAUUUUGGAGAGAAAGGUGACCAGUGCGGACGCGACUAUCAUCAACCGCGUG